AUGAACGAUGCGACAACCUCCUUGCUCACUGAGCACUUCAGCUAUACCCCAUUAUCUCUCAUAGAUGACAUUAUCAACUCGAUAAACAACCUGAUCUACCAAGCCAUAUCGAGCUUGGAAUCUGGACUGCUCAAUACGCCGCCCGAGCGCCUUGGUUUUUCGCACGCCAACAAUGGUAUCACCAUCCCGGAGACCGACGAUGAUGGCAACGUUUUAUAUCCUGAGGCGAAGCUAGAGAUUGAGAACGGACUGCACCAGCUGGAGACGCUACUGGAGACCAAUGUCGAUAAGGCCUUUGAUAAAUUCGAAAUUUAUGUCCUGCGAAACAUUCUCACGGUGUCGGAGGAUCUGCUUCCAUACGUGCGCCUGAAGCACUACGAGGGCCUCUCCUUCGGCUCUUCGGCAGAUACACCAACACCCGAGACCAUCCAUGCGCAGCGCAAAAAGCUUUUCGAAACGAAGAAACUGAACCGCUCACUGAAAGAGGAAAGCGCCCGGAACGAGGCAGUCAUAUCCCAGCUCAAAUCAAUACUCUCCACAGUUCAAACAGCCAAGGCUGAAGAUGCGCCUGCGACACCGAGCAAAGCGCUGGAUCUGUCGUUCCUGACCUCCAGUCCAGCUGCGCGCCAGCUUCGCGUCGGCGUGGAUGCCGGACCGAAUGCCAAACCCACACCUCUGACCACGCACACUACCUUUAUUCUUUCACAACUGCCCGCGCUGCAGGCCACACUUGAGCAGCUUCGACCGAAGUUGGCCGCUCUGCCCGACUCGAUGAUCCCAAUGGAAGCGAAGUCAAAGCGUGACGAGAGGAAGGAGUACAUUGAGGGCCGAAUUCGGUUACACCUCGAGCGAGCUGGUCAGCUUGCCACUGGGGAGGACGGAAAUCCUGUUGUUGCAGGUCGCAGGAUCGACAUCAGAGAGGCGCAUGCUCUUGAAAGUGUGGCCAAUCUACUUACGCAAAAGGAGAAUGUGUAA